CUUCUUCAACGGUUUCUCUUGAUGUUUCGUUACGCAGGAAAGUGCACUGUAUAUUACCGGAAAAAAUGGAUUUUUGUGCAGUGAAUACGUAUUAAUUUCGAUCAAAUUUAUCAGAUUAGUUAGUUUAAAUACAAAUCUUGUGAAUUGUAUUGUGCGCACAAACAAUUUCCCCGGAGAAUGGGCAGUACUCAAAUAAGCGCGCGCACAGCGCGUUUGAAUGGAUUGAUUCUCGGUCGUUCGACUGCGACAGCGGAGGAUCUUUUUCCGGCUACCAUGGAUCAAGUCAGCGACGUAUCGCUAGAGACGGCAAUUUCCCGGGAAGGCCUACUAGAUUCGCUUGUUGUCCUGUACGAUGAGUGCAGCAAGGAUGCUAUCAAAAAGAAGGAUAAAAAUGUCGCAGACUUUGUCAACAAAUAUCGACCGAUAAUUAAGGAAACUCGUUCAAUGCGAGUCAACGUCAACGACUUUGACGUGAAGAAUCUUAUCGGAAAGGGAUACUUUGGAGAAGUUCAUUUGGUGUAUGAACGUGGUCAGAAAAACGGCGAAGUGUAUGCUAUGAAGAAGAUGUGCAAAGCAAUGGCAACUUCCACACAAAUUCGUGAGGAGCGAGAUAUUAUGGCGUCCAGACGGUCAGAAUGGAUUACCUCACUGCAGUAUGCAUUUCAGGAUCAAGAAUGCCUAUACUUGGUGAUGGAGUAUCUUCCGGGUGGCGAUCUACUCAGUCUAAUGAUUCGUGUCGGUAUAUUCGAUGAAGAGCUGGCUCAGUUCUAUCUCGCUGAACUGACGCAGGCGUUGCACUCUCUGCACACACUUGGCUAUGUUCACCGCGAUAUCAAACCGGAAAACAUUCUGCUGGAUCGAUUUGGACACUUAAAACUGGCGGACUUUGGCAAUGCGAUUACCAUAAACAAGGACGGCAGUGUAACUAGCAUUACACCGGUAGGUACGCCUGAUUAUGUCGCACCUGAGUUACUGCAAGCCCUGUCCACCACGUCACGGUCACCCAGAAGCAAUCACGAUGUGACCUGUGAUUUUUGGUCCAUGGGUAUUAUUGGGUAUGAAUUUUUGACGGAAUCGACGCCGUUCCACGAUGAGAAUGUGAAUGAAACCUACUCGAAAAUUAUGGCUCAUUGUGAGGGAAGAUACACCAACAAAUUGGAAUAUCCGGCGCAUGUGUCGAUUUCCUCUCACUACAGAGAUCUCAUCGAUAGACUCGUGACGAAGGUGUCUAACCGAAUGGGAUACGCUGAGAUCAAGAAGCAUCCAUUCUUCAGUGAUGUAAAUUGGGAAAAACUAAGGUACCGAAUUCCUCCGAUAAUUCCUACCGUUAGUAGUGAUGAUGAUACGUCCAACUUUGAGGACGUCGACAAAUCGAUCAAACGAAAUGCAUUUACCAGCAAACCAACCUAUCCGAUCUCCAAAGUGCACGAUUUCAGCGGACAAAACCUCCCAUUCCUUGGUUAUAGCUACGUUUAUGAGGAAUCGGAUCCUGCGGGAAAAUAUCGCGAUACUGACGAGCACAUGGCAACGGCAAGGUUAUCGCAGAAAAUCAAAGAGCAGGAUCGAUUGAUCAAGGAGCACAAUGAAGAAAUUCACCAGCUCCAGCGAGGUCUGCUGGAACGGGAUCGCAAAAUUGCCACAUUAAAUGCUCAUAGCAAAAUUUUUGGUGACACCAAAAAAGAAAUGGAAAAUUUGCAGGAACUGCUAAAGACUAAGACCGCUGAACUUGCGACGGCAAAGACAGAUAUAAAAAACCUGCGAAAUAGGUUCAAAAUUGAAGAAGAGCAACGCCUGAAGAACGAAGCAACCUUGGCUGAUAUGCUAAAGCAAACAUAUAAAAAGUGGGAAAAAGCCAAACAAUCAUCGGAUCAGAUCUAUGAGAAGCAAAUUGCUGAAAGACGUACAGAGUUUAAUGCCUUGAAUGACAAGUUUCGAUCGCAAUCUAACGAGCUUCGCACGAAGGUGGACGAGUGCAGUCAGCUGCAGUCGAUGGUUGAAAAUUAUAAGGAUCUGCUGAGAAAGUCAAAAGAUAAGUUGUUGGUGGACAAGGAAGAGUACGAUCACAGCCACGAGCAGCUGGUGGCAACUUACGAGGCAAAAAUUAUUGAAUUGAAGCAGAAGUGGAAAACUGAGAAGGAACUUCGUGGAAAGCAGGAGGAGGACAAUCGAGAGCUUCGUUCGCGGCUUAAGGAGUAUGAGCGUGACGUAAAGAGUACAGAACAUUCGCACCAGAAGUUUGUGGAUAAUCUCAAAAGAAGAAUGACCAUCCAGCUGGAAGAGGCCAAGCAGGUUUCGGACCAAAUAAGCGAAGAGAUGCAGCAAAAGUGUAACAAUUUGCGGAAGGAGAUUACCAAACUACAGGAGCAAAGUGUUUCGUGUAGCACUAGCACCAGCAGCAACAGAAGUUCGAUGUUGAGCGUAAAUGAACAGGAGUUUAAAAGUGCCAACUCCAGCUUACAGGAACUACACACGCAUGUGGAAGAACAGCUGCGGAAUGAUUUGCUUAAAGCAAGAGAAAGCGAAGAUCUGCAGCGCAAACGAGCUGACGGAUUGAAGGAGGUUGUUUCGCGCCUGGAGAAGAUCAUCGAUCAGUUCAAGACUGGACCAGCUGCGAGCGGAUCGGAUUCGACAUCGACGACAACAUCGCUAUUGGAACGUCAAAACGAGCGUUUGGAAGGCAGAUUGAAUGUCGUGCGGGAGCAGUCGAUUCUGGAUAAGCAAUCGGCUCGGACUGCCAAUUUGUCGCUGUGGAAGCUGGAAAAAGAAUUGGAUCGGAUUAAGUUGGACAAUUCUAUUCUUGGUCGCAAAGUAGAACAGGCAGAUGAACGUGCUAACAAGAUAAGAAAGGAAAAGGAAGAGGCAGAAUUUAAAAUUAAACAGGCUGAAGAGACUGUUGCAAAUAAGGUGAAGCAGAUUGAAGAUUUGAAGGACGAUAUUCGUUUGUUGAAGGAUGAUUUGAAAAAGGAGAAAAAUAUUAGAGAUUCAACGGAAAGAGGGCGGCUUGCAGAUAAAGCUGAUCUAAUAGCAGCUACAGCAAAGUUACAGAGUAUGGAGGAUAAGUUGGAUGAGAUGAAACUCAAAGCUAGCCAGGCUAAUGAUAAUUUGAGGGUCAUGACUUCGGAAAAUUCACGACUCCUUCGUGAGUUGAAUGAAUGCCAGGAGGAACUAUCGAGUACUGAGGAAUCGAAAAAACAAUUAGAGGAAAAGUUGUCUUCCGUUACCAAGAAUUUCAACAUGUUGAAGGGAGCUUGCAGUAUCACCGAGACUCAGUUAACGGAACUGGAGAUUCUACUGACUAAAGAGCAAAAACGGAACAAGGAAAACCAAGAGAAAAUUAACGGCUUAUGGAAAGAAAUGAAUGAAAAGGACUCGGAAAUUGCCAAAUUACAUCAGGAACUGCAUCAGGAACAAUCGUCCAAAACAAUGAACGAGUCAAAAACUGCUCAACUCGAGUCUGAGUAUCAGAAAUUGAGACAAAAGUUCGAAGAUCUGCAGAAGCAAAUGGUCGAACAACAGAAAGAGCUUAUUGAAAAGACGACUAGUCUUUUCGAAGUUCAAGAACGUAUAGAACUGUUAAACUUGGAUACAGCAAAUCUUCAGAAGGUUGUAUCAAACUAUGAACAUGAACACCUACUUCUCAAGGAGGAGAAUUCCAAAGUGCUAACCGAUUUGUUUAUGGCUAAGGAACACAUAACCAUGCAAAAUAAUGAGAUUAAAGACUACAAGAACCAGAUCAACCAGCUGAACAACGAACUCGAUCACGUCAAGAAGGUCCUUGCUGAACAAAAAACAUUCUAUUCAGAACGAAACAUCAAAUCGGAGGCCACACUAGAUCAGUACAAAAAACUCAUCGAUUUUUUGCAAGCUCGCGUAGACGAAAGUGCACAUAAGAAGAAAAAGUCUUUCGCUGACAAAAUAUUUGGCACUAGUGGACAUGAUAAGAAGGAAAAUGUACCUCCAAAUCCGAUCAUAAUUGAAAAUACGACCAGCUACAAAAGGCUGCAGGAAGAGCUACAGAAAGAACGUCAGCGAACCAACCAGCUAAAGGAGCAACUUUUGCGAACGAAGACAGAUAUGAUUGCGAUGCAAGGAUCACUGAAAAAGGCUAAAAAAGACGAAGAGAAUCAGCAGCAGUUGGAAGCUGAAAUCGUCAGGGAAAACCCUCUACCGGAAAGAACACCUUCGAAGGUGCAGAGGCAAACGUCGAAAAAGUCAUGUAACACGGGAAAGACAAAAGCGCACACUUUUGAUAUGACGCUUGAAACUUCCUCCUCAAAAAAUCCCAUCCAACUCUGUAAUGUUUGCGACAGGCAUAUUUUGGCCGGUCAUCCCUACUGGAAGUGUACGGUUUGCGCAAAGAAUGUUCACCGGAAGUGUAGAUCGGGAGUAAGUAAUGAUUGCCAAGGAGAUGGUGAUUUGGAUUCGUUGGCAAAUGAACUGUUGCAGGAGAGUGGCGCCACUAGCGAUACGGAAUCGGUACAAGAUAGAGUUAGUUUGAUGGGAACUGACUCGGGUCCUGUUAGUAGCGCAGAUGAGAAGGCUGAUGAUGAAGAAGAUAAAUAUGUUGGUGAUUUGCUGUUCAAAACCCGGCGACUCGAACCAAAUUUGAUCAUCAAUGAUGUGUACGAUGUAAACGAAAGCGUGGUACUGUUAGCUACUGACACGGGAAUACAUUCUUACAACGUGGACACAGCGGAGUCCGUGCAGAUCAAGGGCAUAUCUAGCGUGAAGGCCUUUGCAAUCUCGCAGCACAUUCCAAAGGCAAUCAUCAUCGGCAACGACGGCGAGUACCUGUAUCAGUGCGAUGUACGUCACUUGCAGAGCCGUGCUCAAGCUUCCUCUUGUCUGUCUCCCAAGCUGGAGACUUUCGUACUGGAUCUUUCGAUUGCCAACCGGACCCAUAGCGAACGGUGGCAUCUGGUUCGCAUGAUGGACGAAGUUUCAUCGCAACAAUUAUCGGAUGCGAUCGCGAUAGCGGCCACUUCUUCACGGAUAGUCAUUCUUAAAUUUGAUGUUACUUUGGGACGAUUUAAACCGGUUCGGGGUUUGGAUACGGUUCUACCAGUUUCGUCGGUACUCUUCACCAGACACACCGCCAUUGUAAGUUCGGAUAAGUUCUUUGAAAUCGAUCUUAUAUCGUUCGGUGCGGAGGAGUUUUUGGAUAUGUCGGACUCCAGUUUGAGGGACAUUCGAUCUUGCACCCCGGUGGCAGUCUUCAAAGUAAACAGUCAGGAGUUCCUGCUUUGCUUCAAAGAAGUUGGAAUCUUUGUAGACGAGUACGGGUGUCGUUCCCGACCAGACAACAUUAACUGGCUACAGGAGCCACUCGAUUUCAAGUACCGAGAGUCUUGCCUAUUUAUUGCCCAUUCGGAUUGCGUGCAAGUGAUGUACGUAAGUAAGUCGUACACAAAGGAGCGCGAACGCAAGGAAUCUGCCGAUGAGCGAAGGGCUUUUGUUAAUCUUAACUCGCCUAAACUGUUGUCAUUCUAUGACUUUGCGCGAACUAGUAUUUAUGUGGCUUGCGAGUGUGGACAUGAUCGGGAACAAGAAAUUAUUAAACUUGAUGGGUACAAAGCGCUGCAAACAACAUCACCGGGCGUUGGUAGUUCGAUGGAAACCUUGUCCAGUAUGGCCAGUUACCCAACGACGGUAGCUCAGAGCAAUGAGACCAUAUCGACGCUUGGGCAAGCCGUGUAAGUACUUCAAUAACAUACACACUCAUUUUAGAUUACGGACUGUUGUUUUUAGAAGUAUGUGUGCUUAAUAAAGAUUUUACUUCUCUGAAAUAA